AUGCAACUGAUUUUGCUGCCGAUAAUUUGGACACAGAGGAUGCUGCCAGGGGACCUCCUGUGGCUUUUAUUCUCACUCAGCUGUCUCCUGCCCUUCUCAAGGCCCGAGAUGAAGAUACCAUUUGAAACAGUGAAGGCUUGGGCUGACACCUUUGGUGAGGACAUAUAUUAUAUUGUCACAAAAUAUUCUGGCUCUCUCUUAUUACAGAAGAAGUAUAAAGAUGUGGAACCAACUCUAAGGAUCAAAGAAGUGGAUGGCUUGGAGCUGGUAAAGAUGUUUUCCAAAGAAAUGGAAAGUAUGCUACAUAGAAAAGUAGAAGCUGUUGAGCGAUUAGUUGAAGCUGCAGAAGAAGCAGAUGUUUAUCACGAAUUCAACUCAUCAUUACAGUUUGAUUAUUACAAUGCUGUUUUGAUUAAUGAGAAGGAUGAGAAUGGUAAUUACGUGCCACUUGGGGAUGAAUUCAUUCUGGAACCAAAUGAGCAUUUCAAUAAUUUGCCAGUGAACACAACAUUCAGUGAUAUACAACUUCCAACCAAUGUCUACAACAAAGACCCCAACAUUGUGAAUGGAGUUUACAUGUCCGAAGCCUUGGAUCCUGUUUUUGUGGACAACUUUGAAAGAGACCCAACUCUCACUUGGCAAUAUUUUGGGAGCACAACAGGAUUCUUCAGGCUUUACCCAGGAAUAAAAUGGAUACCAGAUGAAAACGGAGUCCUUUCCUUUGACUGCAGAAAUCGGGGCUGGUAUAUCCAGGCAGCUACAUCACCCAAAGAUAUUGUGAUUCUGGUGGACAUCAGUGGAAGCAUGAAGGGUCUGAGACUCACCAUUGCUAAGCACACCAUUGUCACUAUAUUGGACACACUGGGAGAAAAUGAUUUUGUCAAUAUUAUCGCUUACAAUGACUAUGUUCAUUACAUUGAAUCCUGUUUCAAGGGAAUCCUGGUUCAAGCUGACAGAGAUAACAGGGAGCAUUUCAAGCAGCUGGUGCACGAGUUACAAGCAAAAGGAGUGGGGAAGGUGAACAAAGCUCUGAUUGAAUCCUUCAAAAUCCUGAGGGAGUUCAGAGAUGCAGGACAAGGAGGUCUUUGUAACCAGGCAAUUAUGCUGCUCACCGAUGGAGCUAUGGAAGAUUAUGAAUAUGUCUUUGAAAAAUUCAACUGGCCUGAUCGUAAGGUCCGUGUUUUUACAUACCUUAUUGGGAGGGAAGUCAGCUUUGCACAGAACGUGAAAUGGAUAGCUUGUAACAACAAAGGCUACUACACACAGAUAUCUACUUUGGCUGAUGUGCAAGAGAAUGUCAUGGAAUAUUUGCACGUGCUUAGUCGGCCAAUGGUUAUCAACCAUGAUCAUGACAUCAUAUGGACUGAAGCCUAUAUGGAUAGUGCUCUCUUUGCCUCUCGAGCUCAAAGUCUCUUGCUUAUGACAACAGUGGCUAUGCCUGUCUUCAGCAAAAAGAAUGAAACGAGGUCACAUGGCAUCCUUCUGGGUGUAGUAGGCUCUGAUGUUCCACUGAGAGAGCUCCUCAAGUUAGCCCCACGAUACAAACUGGGCAUCCAUGGAUAUGCCUUUCUAAUUACUAACAAUGGCUACAUUCUGUCUCAUCCUGACCUCCGGCCAUUGUACAAAGAAGGGAAAAAGCUGAAGCCCAAACCCAAUUACAACAGUGUUGACCUUUCUGAAGUAGAAUGGGAGGAUGUAAAUGAAACUUUACGAACAGCAAUGAUCAAUGGAGAAACUGGUUAUUUUUCCAUAGAUGUGAAGGUGCCUAUGGAUAAAGGAAAAAGGAUUCUCUUCCUCACUAAUGAUUAUUUCUUCACUGAUAUCAGCGGCACUCCAUUUAGCUUGGGAAUUGUUCUAUCACGAGGAUAUGGUGAAUAUAUCCUACUUGGGGACACUUCAGUGGAAGAAGGUUUGCAUGAUCUUCUGCAGCCAGAUUUGACCUUAGCCAAUGAGUGGAUUUAUUGUGUUACAGAUAUUGAUCCAGAUCACAGGAAGCUAAGCCAGUUGGAGGCUGUAAUCCGUUUUCUUACAGAAGAAGAAGCUGAUCUUGAAUGUGAUGAAGAUUUAGUUCAACAGGUUCUCUUUGAUGCUGUAGUUACAGCACCUAUGGAAGCCUAUUGGACGACCUUGGCCCUCAGCUUGUCCAAUGAGACUGAAGAUGGUGUGGAGAUGGCCUUCAUGGGAACUCGGGCUGGUCUCAUGAGGAUUACCCUUUAUGUAGGAACUGAGAAACUGUCUAACAAGAAGUUCUUGACCAGUUAUGAUAAGGAAAGCAUUUUCACCAUGGACCACUUCCCCCUUUGGUAUCGCCGAGCAGCUGAACAUCCUCCGGGGAGCUUCAUUUAUAGCCUUUCUUUUGAAGAAGCUUCAGAGGGAAGUUUGCCUGUGGCAGUGACAGUAAGCACAUCUGUGGCUGUGACUAUUGGUGGGAAGACAGGAAUUGCUGCAGCGGUGGGUGUGCAAAUCAAAUUGGAAUGGCUUCAGCAGAGAUUUUGGGAGGCUACACAGCAGCCCAACGACACAGAUUGUAGUAAUGUGAACGGCUUGUGUCCAAUUAACUGUCGUGAUGAUAAUCUGAAUUGCUUCCUUAUUGAUAAUAAUGGAUUCAUACUUGUUUCCAAAAUCUCCCAGCAGAUUGGAAAAUUUUUGGGAGAAGUGGAUGGCUCUGUGAUGACCCAGCUCGUAAAUAUGGGAAUGUUCAAAGAGGUGAAGAUGUUUGAUUACCAAGCCAUGUGUAAAUUGCUCCAUCACCAUCCUAAUAGUGCUCGUCCUCUUCUCAGUCCAAUUUAUACAUUAUUGGCAGCAGCAAAGUGGCUGAUAACUGAUUUCUUCAUAUUCCUUUUGGAAUUUAACAUUUUUAGUUUCUGGCACAUGGAUAGCUGGGCUGAUGCCAAAUCCGUUUUUCAUCAUGCUCACAGACAUAAGAAGCAAGACACGCUGCAACCCUGUGACACGGAAUAUCCUGUGUUUGUGUAUGAGCCUGCCAUCAGAGAGGCCAAUGGGCUAGUUGAAUGUGGAGACUGUCAGAAGUAA